GAUACGGUCACACAGGAAGGCAAUUAGAUUAGACAGACGCAUUUUUUGUACAACAGAAAAGAUAGCUAUAAAAUAUAGAUAUAAUGCGUGAUAGACGAGACAGGGAACGUGAUCGAGAUAGAGAUCGGGACAGGAUUAGGGACCGUGAUCGAGACCGCGACAGGAAUCGUGACAGAGACAGAGAUCGAGACCGAGAGAGGGAGAGGGAACGAGAACGUUAUCGGUCCAAAUCGAAAUCUCCCUCACGCAGCAGCAGGAACAGAUCUAUCGAAAAGAAGAAAUCCAAGAAAUCCAAAAAAUAUCGACACAGCCGCAGCAGCAGCCGUAGCACAUCCCGUAGCACAACACCAGAGAGUUCACGCAGCAGCUCUAGGAGUCGUCAAAGUAAAAGCCGGGAAUAUGACUCUCGAAAAUCAAAAUCCAGAUCGGAAUCGCAGCGCACAACAAGAGCUCCCAGUUCGGAGAGCACUUCUCGUCAGGCCACGACUACAUCGACAUCUACUGUUGUUAAACCCAUAGACUUGCUGGAUGUCAAGGUGCAGAAGGCACUGGAAACUAUAGACGAGGAUGCAUUUAAGCCGGCAGCAUUCUUUAGCACACGAGAUCGUGAGGCACCCGAGAAGGAGAAAGUGAUUAUAGAUCUAAAUAAACAAACUGUUAUUGUACCCAAACCCAUAGAAGCCCAACCCCUUAAUGAAGACGAAAUUUUUCAUCCAAAUUUUUUGGGCGAUUCUGAAGUGAAAGCGGAGAAGUGGCUGCGAAAACUAUACAAUUAUCGACGAAAGUACAUUUAGUGUUUAGUCGCUCAACUUGUAUUUAAUUGGUAUAGCA